AUGGCCGACCAAGAAAUGGAAAUCGACUCGCAAGACUCUGGUCUGGCAGCCCCUCACAACGAAGCCGAAAUGCAAACCCAUGCAAAAGCCACUGCUGUCCGCUCCAUCGAAGGCUGGAUCGUAAUCGUCACGAACGUGCACGAAGAAGCAGACGAGGAGACGCUGCAAGAUACUUUUGGCGAGUUUGGCGAGAUCAAGAACCUGCACCUCAACCUGGACCGGAGAAGCGGUUACGUGAAGGGUUAUGCUCUGAUCGAAUUCGCGACGCUGGAAGAAGCUCGUGCCGCCAUCGACGGAGCACACAACACCAAGAUGCUGGACCAGACGAUUGCCGUGGAUUUUGCGUUUGUCCGCCCGCCGCCAAACCAGGGCAAGGGGGCCCGCGGAGGACGAGGUGCUGGUGGCGCGCGACGAGGGCGAAGCAGAAGUCGCAGCCCGGAUGCUAGAGAUCGCGAGCCCGACGCAGCGUGA